GAAAGAAUAUAUCUAAGUCUUCGGACACUUAAAUUAAUUAGACCCUGCAAAAUGGGGGUGCAUGCAAAAAGGUGGUCAAUGCGGUUAGAGUCUAGGCCAAGUUGGCAGCAAUUGCGGAUUGAGCCGUGACACCCUGGCAAGGAAAGCUGCUACGCUAAUGCGAUAAGAUAAGAACCGUUUGAACGCCGCUGAGCAAUUGCUUUUCUAGCAUCGAAGUGCGACAACUAGGGAGACCGUCGUUACGUACUCCGAAGUCACUCAUUGUUUCAUUGAAGGCUCACACAGCCUGAUCCUUAAUCAUGGGGAAAGGUACGGAUAAGCUUUAUAUCACCCACUCCGAGUGGUCCUCGUCCGACGCGUUCUCUGCCAGCACCGGCGCGCGAACUGGCGCGAACAACGGCUCAUUCAAGCGCCUCCCCUUCAACUUUUGCGCCGCCAGUCUCCAGCCUUUUAAAAAUCCCGUCUGUACAGCCGAGGGCCAGAUAUUCGACCUCGAGGUUAUAUCAAAAUGGCUCGAAAACCACAAGACGAAUCCGGUGAACGGCGAGCCCCUUGCCUUGCGCGACUUGAUCAAGCUCAACUUUGCGCGCAAUGGCGACUUGGACAGCAAAGGCAAAGAUGGCUCCGGCGGUGACGGCAAGGGUGACCUGAUUGACCCCGUCAGCUUUAAAGUUUUCACAGACAACACACACAUUGUGGCUAUCAGGCAUGGUGGCUACGCGAACGUGUUUGCUUGGGAUACCGUGGAGCGCAUGAACAUCAAGGCCAAAAUGUGGAACGAUCUUGUCGACGAUGAGGGAUUCGGACGAUCGGAUAUAAUCACUUUGCAAGAUCCUCAAAACGCCGCGAGUCGAGAUUUGAGCCAGUUCAAAUACCUGAAGGACGGCGAGGAUGCGCUCCUGACGAAAGAGCAAGAGGAGGAGCGGAAAGAAGGGAACGUGAAUAUCAAUGCGCUGGGUAGAGUCGGUGACAAAGUGUUGCGAGCGAAAGUAGCCGUCGAGAAGGCAAGGAGAGAGCGAGAAGCCGGUGGGGAUGUCAACCGGUCCAAAGCCAUCGCCAAGUCAUCAGCAAGCAAUGAACCGCGGCAAUCCAUGAUCCAAGACAAGAAGCAAGCAUAUAAUGCAGCAGCAUACACAACGGGGAGGGCAGCUGCAAGUUUCACCAGCACCGGCUUAACACCAGAAACCAGCGGCGAGAGAGCAGUGCUUACAGAUGAGGAGUACAUGCUCAAACCCAAGCGGGUAAAGCACAAAGGCUACGCGCGCAUGGAGACGAACCUCGGGGACUUGAACAUUGAGCUGCAGACCGAGCACGCUCCAAAGGCGGUAUGGAAUUUCAUUCGCCUAGCGGAAAAGGGGUACUACCAAAACGUGGCUUUCCAUCGCAAUAUCCGGAAUUUCAUGAUUCAAGGAGGUGAUCCCUCAGGCACCGGACGUGGAGGCCAAAGUAUCUGGGGGAAGAAUUUCAGCGACGAGUUCGAGGGCCCUCUGACGCACAGCCAGCGUGGCAUAAUGAGCAUGGCGAACAAAGGGAAGAACACAAACUCGUCACAGUUCUUCAUCACGUACAAACCAGUUAAGCACCUCGACAAUAAGCACACCAUCUUUGGCAAAGUGGUCGGUGGACUCGAUGUACUGAGCAAAAUGGAAGACGUGCCGACGGACGGGUCGGACCGCCCGCUUAACAAAAUUGUCAUCAAGAAUAUUGUGGUCUACAUCGAUCCCUUCCAAGAGUUCCAGAAGGAGAAGACGAAGCGCGACAAGAUCGCUGAGCAAAAGGCGGAUGUGCAGCGUCGUGGCGGAACAGAAGACGACCGGACGACGUGGACGGGCAAACGGGUGCGGGAUGACGGUACGGUGGAUCAAGGAAAUAGGGACGCUGGCGUUGGGAAGUACCUCAAAGCUGCUAUGGAGAAACAACAUGGUGAGGCCAACGAGAUUGUGGAAGAGAAUGUGGUCGAUACCUGGGAAGAGCCGGUAAGGAAAAGGGCCAAGUCGGGUGGGUUUGGGAAUUUUGAUGGUUGGUAAAUUGGUUGCAUUGCAUUCAUGGCGUUGGCAUACCCCAAGAUCGGACACGGUAUUCACAAUAGCAUUGCUAUUUGAAAUUUUAUGCUUGCCGUUGAUCUCGUAAGAAAGUUGCGUCCUCUCGGGUUAUCUGCAUGUUCGUGGACGUGCAAAGUAGCCGCGGAUAGCUCAGGGAAGCUUUCGUCCUGAUGAUAUUGGUGUGUACGAG